UUUCGGAAUCAGCCGCGGCGUGCGACGGACGGACGGCCAGCCAGUCCGCACCGAACCAUCGCAUCGACACCACGCACCGUUCACACGGACGUGCACACUUUAGCGUGAUAACUUUAAAAAAAAAGCCGGCCGUGCUUCAAAAGUGACAGUGCGACAGUGACCGGAAUUGAGUGAUCCGAUUUUUUUCCUCCCGAGGACUUGAAUUGCAACGUGCAUUCGACAACGAAUUGAAAUUACAACGAUACGAUUUUUGUAACAAUUUGCACGAUAUCAUUGAAGUGCAGGACGUGGGAUGUUUCAACACUGAUGACGUCUUUAUUAUAAAGGUGCUGAAUCCAAAUUAAGAUGACGUGGCUUCGAGUUUCAACGUGCUUCCUCGCACUCUCGGUGCUGCUCGCGCCGACCCUCGCCUCCGUGUGCCCCGACGGAUGCGUCUGCAGCACCACACGCGACGGCCUCCACCGUGCCACCUGCAGCAGUCUCACUGAAUUAUACAAGUUCACUCUCCGCCAGAAACAUCACAAUAUAAACAUCCUAGAUCUCUCACAUAACAACAUUACGAAGCUCAACCAUGAACUCGACCGGCUUACAGAAGUUGUCACGCUGGAUUUGUCUACCAACGGUAUUCAAACUCUCAAUAAAUUCUUCCACAAUGCAAAGAAAUUAGUUCAUCUUAACUUAGCCAACAACAGGAUACAGAAGCUUUCUUUAGUCCAUUUACCUUCAAGCGUUAGUUCAUUAGAUUUAACUAACAAUCUGUUGAAAGAUGUGCCUUCGGAUCUCGGACAUUUAGUUGGUCUUGAGCAUUUAGAAAUGGAAGGCAAUCCCUUGGACUGCUCGUGUGAAAACAUAUUGGCACGGGAUCGUUUGCUUCUUGCAAACGUUUAUAUAGAUACUGUCAAAUGUGCUUCACCUAAAAAGUUUCGCGGAAAGUCCUGGCUAGAACUCAAAACAAAAGAUAUAUGUAAAGUUCCUAAAACUGAAAAUAACUUCAUGGAUAUGAUGAUGGGCGACCAACCUAUCGAUGCCGUUCAAAUCGGUGAGGAAACUACUGCAUUGAAAUCCAUGCCCCUUGUAGCCAAAAGUGAUUUGGAAGACGGCAAUGUAAUACAAGGAAGUGAUGUCGUAGAAGACGACGAUCACCUACAGUUUUUAAAAGUAGGGCACAAUGCUUCGCCUGCACCUUACGGUCAAAUUGAAGGGUCAGGCGAUGGAGAUGCUGAACAAACUACAAUGAUUGUAUUCAUGGACACUAAUCAAGGACGUAAAAUUGAUCCGGAUUUAGCGGGAGAUGAAGUAAUACCCGCAGACAUUGAACAGACUACUGAAGACCCUCUGGAGGAUGGUUCUGGAGAAGGUUCCGGAUUCUACGGUAUUUCAGAUAGAAGUCAUAUAGUAGAAACUACUACUACCACUACUACUGUUUUUGAGGAUCUUAAUCCAGAACCCGUACACCCGCUCAUAGACGAUGACAAUAAGAUGAGCACGGAAUAUCCUUUACCAGAAAAGAUAACAUUGUACCCUGGUGGUACUGAUUGGAUCAAUUCUGACCCAGAAACCACAACUGCGAAACUUAUGACGUCACCAACUCCACGUGAUACUACGGUAUCUCAACAAAUUCGCGUAACCCAGGCAUCUGAAGUUCAUGGACAAAUACUCGCUGAAGAUGAAAACCAGGCACCUCACAAGACUGGCACUUAUGUAUGUAUCGCAAUCAUUGUAAUAUUACUUGUUGGUUUGAUCGGAUUUGCUAUAAUUAAAGGACAAAUGAGGAAACGGAGAGAUAGAAGGCUUUUACGGCAACAAAAGAGAGACGUAGAAAAGGCAUCUAAAGAAAUGGUGGACAUGAAUAAGUCCUUAUUGGGAAAACCAGCUUUAGAAGCUCCAGUUGAUAAAAAAGUUAAUGGCAAAUACGAACUCGUGCCAACACACGAAUCCCCUCAGAAGAAAAGUGACAAUGGAGACGUUGGCAACGGCGUCAACCACGGUAAUGGCUUAAGAACUGAAAGCCCUAGAGACACCAAUCAGAAUAAAAGUAGCUCUAGAGAUAAUAAUUUAGCAGACGAUAAGCUACCACAACACGAGACUUCCUUCGAUUCAGAGCCUGCAUCACCAGAUUCCAGAAAAGAUACUAAUUCUUUGUCAAGUGAAGAUAUAUUUGUACCUAUUAAUGAUGAUGAUGGUCCUAAACUAAACGGUACUGGUGACUCUGAUAUAUCUCAGCCACUAAUGAAUGGGGACCAAAACACUGAUUCUGAUUUCUUGUCACCGUCUCGAGAAUAUGUACCAGUUUACUCACCCGAUAUGGGUAGGGUGCGUAUAAAAAUGACGGAAACGCCGAAACCCAAAACGCCGGUACUAGUCACCAGGAGUAGAUCGAACGCUGGAGACAUCAUUAUAACGCCGACAGAUGCGCUGAAGUCGACCACUUGAAAUCCGGUCUCAGUCGAGAGGACAAUAACACUUCGUGUAUAUAAGUGUCAAACAACAAACACUUCACUAUUGGCGAAAUUCUGUGAUUAUAUUGAGUGUGUAGUUAGGUCAAAUCUCGAGUACGACGGAUUGAAAUCGUUUCGUUCAACUGUGUGUAAGUCUAGAACCUUUGCUGCCAAAGUGUGUUUGUAGUCGACAGUGCCUUUAUAUUAACAUUGUUAGUGGUAUUUAUAAAAGUAUAUUGCGCAAUAAGUAAUAAAAAUAUUUUUAUACGUGUAAAAAGUGUUGCCAUGUUCAUGAUAGUUGUAAAAGUCUUGUUAGUUAUAUACCGUGGUCGUGCGGAGCUAGAUGCCGGGCGUGAGGGCGCGGGGGCGCGGGGGCGCGGGUAGCGACCGACUCAUGUUGUUGUACAAACAUUGUGUUCUGUGAAUCUGUGCGGUACGUUUAUCCUGUAUGUCCAGUUAUGUGUAUAGUAUAAUGGGGUACAAUUCUUGAAUUGUUAAAUUUUCAAUGGUUGUGUACUUACUUCUACCCAGAGAAUAUUUAUCUAUACAAUUAUGUAUAACAACGUAAGGUCCAACUGGCUAUGUCUAGUUAUUGUUUUCUCAUUUCUGUGGAGAGAUUCAUUCUUUCAUGGUCUGGCUAAGCAUAAGUUCCUUAGUAAUUUUAUUGAGUUUAGAGUUUAAGAAUGUGAUACCAUUUAUUUUAAGUAAUCUGAACUAUUUUCAAAUUAUGUAUAUAACUAAAUCAAAUUCGUUUAGUGUAUAUUUCGUAGAUCUUUAUAAUUCAUCUUUUUUAUUUUAUAUUGUAACUAAGAUACUGCUUUUAAAUUAAUUACUCUGUAUCUUUAUGCUUUUACUGACCUAAUUUAAAUUAUUUUAAUGAAUGUAAACGUAUCAAGAUUUUAUAUGAAUCAGAUUUUUCAGAAUAAUGAACAAAACAGAACAAUAAAUAGUUCAGUAAGCAAAUAUAAAUUUAAUGUAUUUUUAUUUCGAACUAUUUUACGAUAUAAAUGGUUGAAUCAAGUU